GGAUGAAAGUGAGACUUCCAGCUGGUUUUAUCAGCAGUUUCAACACCGACAGACGAACUCGGCGAGGAGGAGACAGAUAAAUAGAAAGCAGUGCGUGCACACUCGCUUUCUCUUACAUAAGUUGAUUACCGAGACAUUUCGGAGCGCGGAGGUGAUGUUUUACUGUACGUACGCACGUACGGCUCAGACAGCGGCGCGCGCUCACGGCUGGAACCGUCGCUUUUGAUAUUUUUACCUCGCGCAGUCAGAUAACUGUCACAAUAACGGAGGAAAAACCCCGGCGAAGAUGACGAGGAUAGGCUGUUGGACUGUGCUUACGUUCGCCCGACUUGAUGUAGCUGCCUCGUAACGGGAUUUUUACUCCCACCGGUGGCUUUGAAAGUUUCAAAUACGUCGCUUUUGAACUUCACCUCCAAAAGUGGAUGUGAUCAUCAGUAAGCAGGUUUCUUUGCCCGUUAAUGGGAAUCUACCCAUGGACCUAAGUGUGACCCGCAGGUUGUUACAUCCAGGCCCAGAUUCGGCCAUGCUGGCCCCCCGCCCUCCUUUCUUCAUGGGAUCCCUCACCCCUCAACAUUGUGCCCAAUUCUCCCAGCAGCACUUGCAGUAUAACAUCGAACAAAGGCAAAGAGAGAUGAGUGAGGAGAAAAGAGAAGAGCUACAUCAGCUGAUUCAAAAGAGUAAAAACGAGCAGAGUGCUAUAGCCAGUCCCCUGGUAAAGCAGAAACUUCGGGAACACAUAAUUAUGAAGAGCCAGCCAACCCAUGAUAGAGUGACUCCCAACCACACCAGUCCUGCCCCAGGAUUCGGGCUCCGGGUUCCUGAUAUGUCCCCAAAGCCUCAGCCUACACCCUGUGACCAGCGCGCUUUGAGAAGAACAGUGUCUGAGCCCACGCUGAAGUGGAAGUUAAAGAAACUCAUCACCACAAGGCCAAACCCGCUGCAGCGUAAGAUCAGUGCCCCUCCUGCAGUCAAGCACAGGCCCGAAACUCUGGACUCUUCCCAGAGUGGCAGCAGCAAUCCAGCAUCAGGGUGCAGCUCUCCAAAUGACAGCCUCCAUUCAGAUAAUGGGUCGCUACCACUGGCUCAUGAGUCACAGAGGUUGUUGCUGAAGGAUGGUAAUUUAGCUCGAUUCACCGUGCCUUCCAAUCCCCCUGCGAUCCCCAACAUCACUGCUGGACUUCCUGCACAGGCUGACUUGCGAGAGGCAAGGCCAUUGGCAGUAUCUGGUCUCCAUCAGGUUUACUUGCCUCUGGAAGAAAGCAGUCCAGCUCUUUCUCAGCGGCUACAGCCUGUGUUCAUACUGGAUCCACAAACCAGGCUUCUGCGCCCCCAGCUUGUCUCUCUUCCUGGUUUGAGCACCAUCCCUCUGCAGCAGCACCCUCACCUGUCUUCUCUGUCCAGAAGAGAAGGUCACAAACCUUUGGAGCGAACACGUUCAGAACCGCCACCCUACAGCCACUCACAGUUAUCUCUGCAAACCAGCCAUCACCCACACAUCCAGCACUCGCUGAACCAGCACUACCACAGGAGCGGGGGGGAGAGAUUCAAGCAGAAUUCACACCUGAGCAAGAUUCCAUCAGAGGACAUGGACCUAGAGGAGACUGGAUCGGGAUCAGGUUCGGGGACAGGUUCUGUGUGCGGCUCAGAGCCCGGCUCAAUUUGUGAGGAUGACUAUCGGCGGAGACAGAGCAAUGCCAGCACAGACUCUGUGUACGACACAGAGUCUACUACCUCCUCCCGGGAGAGCUUGAUUGAGCCCUCCUACUCUUUCAAUCAGCAGAGGCAGGUGAUCCUUAGACCAAGUCUGCAGAUAGAUCCGAUGGGUGUGCCAUCCUUAAUUUGGCCUCACCAGCCUGUCAGUCGGUCCCGGUCCUCCCCAGCCUCCACCUCCCUGCCUCCUGCUUCACAUCAACCCACCACCAUACCUUCCAUGUCAUUAUCCAACCCUGCUACAGACACCCAGCUGCGCUUCACCACAGGUUUAGCAUAUGAUGGUCAGAUGCAGAAGCACCAGUGUAUUUGUGGGGACAACAGCCGUCACGCUGAGCAUGCAGGAAGGAUCCAGAGCAUCUGGUCUAGACUGCAUGAAAGGGGCCUAAGGAGUCAGUGUGAGCGCAUCCGCAGUAGAAAAGCAACCCUAGAAGAGCUGCAGUCAGUCCAUUCAGAAAAACACGUACUUUUAUUUGGCACCAACCCGCUCAACCGCCUCAAGCUGGACAGCCGCAAACUCGCUGGAAUCCUGUCUCAACAUGUUUUUUUGAUGUUACCAUGUGGAGGGGUUGGGGUGGAUAUUGAUACAGUCUGGAACGAACAUCACACAUCAGCAGCCUCCCGCAUUGCUGCAGGAUGUGUCACAGACCUGGCACUGAAGGUGGCACAAAGAGAGCUGAAGAAUGGCUUUGCAGUUGUGAGGCCCCCUGGACACCAUGCAACCCAUUCCUCCCCUCUGGGCUUCUGUUUCUUCAACUCUGUGGCCAUCGCUGCCAAGCAGCUCCAGCAGAAACUCAGCGUCAGCAAGAUCCUCAUUGUGGACUGGGAUGUACACCAUGGCAACGGCACCCAGGAAGCCUUCUACAGCGACCCAAGUGUGCUGUACAUCUCUCUACAUCGCUAUGACGAUGGCAACUUUUUUCCUGGUAGUGGACACCCCAGCGAGGUGGGUGCAGGUCCAGGUGAGGGCUUCAAUGUGAAUGUAGGAUGGACCGGAGGACUGAACCCUCCAAUGGGCGAUGCUGAAUACCUGGCUGCGUUCAGAGCUGUGGUGAUGCCCAUCGCUCACGAGUUUUCCCCUGAUGUCGUCCUCGUGUCAGCUGGCUUUGAUGCUGUCGAAGGACAUCCAUCAUCGCUCGGAGGAUACAAGGUUACAGCCAAGUGUUUUGGCUUCCUGACCCGUCAACUGAUGUCACUGGCUGGCGGUAAGGUGGUCAUGGCUCUGGAGGGUGGGCAUGACCUCAAAGCUAUCUGCGAUGCUUCCGAAGCCUGUGUGAGCGCCUUGCUGGGCAUGGAGGUGGAGCCUCUGUCCCAGACGGUGUUGGACCAGAAGCCCUGUGAAAAUGCGGUGCUUUCUCUGCAGAAAGUCAUCCAGAUUCAUGGUGAGUACUGGCAGAGUUUGAAGGAUUCGGCCUCCACAGUGGAUAUGUCCUACUUGCAGGCGCAGAGACGAAGACUGAGACGAGACUCGGACAGCGAGGCUGUCAGCGCCAUCGCCUCUCUGUCGAUGGGGUCUCUCGCAUCUGACAGGAAACCAUCUGAGAAAUGAUGGAGAAAGGCGAGAUUCUCCCUGAAGAAAGACUCGAGCCUCUACACACUCCACACACACACACACAAACACGCAAAGCAGCGCUUUGGAUCGUCACUGGAAGCAGAUGUCACCUCACAAAAACUCCACCUGCAUUACUACUGGCUGAAUUCUGACCCGUCUGAUUCAAACACACACACACCGACGACCAGCGAUCAUCUUUGCCACGCUCUCGCUCUCAUCCCUCGCUGAAAUGAGAGCUAAAGCUAAAAGAGACACCCAGGUGCAGAUUAAUGAAGGGCUUUGCAACAACGUGAUGUAGCAUAUACAUCUUGAGAGAAAAACACAUCUCAGCACAUUUACAGACUGAAUUGAAAUGACUCCGGCGCGACUCUGAGCGAGAGCCCCAAGACUGUUAGAGGGAAGGGUCAAAGGUCACCUCAGCUUAUCGAAGCCACUCAGUUUGAGAGGAAGGAGUCGUCCCCAAAAGGACGUGCGAGUGAUGGAGCGCAGACGUAUCCCUCAGCCACGAUGUCAUUCGUCUGCGUGCGACCGCGAUCGAGCGGGUUUUUCUGAUCAUCCUGCACUGCAUGUUUGUUCUCAUCAUCAGUUCAUCUGACCGGAGGACCACUUUUUUUGGGGGGAUGACAUUGUUUUUUAAGAAUCAUGAGUGAAGCUACAAUGAAGUCUGACAUACAUGCGUCUCAUAUUGUUUUAUUCGCAUGUCCACAUAUAUAUUUUUUUCCAGCGUUUUCAUCUUUUCUUUCUUGGCGUAACCAGGGCGAGCGCGUGUAGCAAGACCUCGGAUUGCUGCAGUUAUUUGUAUCGCUCCUCUGAAGUGCAUCUUAAAUAUGUAGACAUGCUGUAGUUAGUGUUGGUGGCAUUAGUCACAAUGAAGAGCUAAUACCUCCAGUCGCUGUGGUAUUGAUAUUC